CCUGUGGAGAAAUAGCCCCGGAUUCGGGCUCCUGAAGUUAGGGGAGUUGCGCACAGGAAUCUCCCGACUGGUGUCCGCUUCCUUUAGCUGCACACGUCUGGCUCCCCUGGUCUUUAAUCCCCCUAGGGUUCCCGCCAUUUCCCGCCAUGUAUGACAGGGCUCCUCGCUUGCUCAGGUCGACCGAGGGUGGCAGCACUGAGGCCCAUGUGGGCCCGGGAUCCUACGAGGUCCCUUUCCUGAAGCAGCAGGGCACAGGUGGCUAUGCACCAUUUCUUUCUUCAGCUGCCAGAGAGAGUGCUUUUCCUGUUGCCCCUAACACUGAGCAAGAUGGUCCAGGUCCAGGACACUAUAAUGUUUCAGAAGCACAGAAAAUUUCAAGAGCACGGACAUUUACUAAAGCUUUGGAUGUUCCUUCAAUUCCUUCUUGUGGACAGUCCUAUGGUUAUCACAUUAAUGAAGAUGAUAGUAUUAGAAAAUGUGUUCCACCUGCUAGUGAUGACACACUGGGUCCAGCAUAUUAUAAACCUCUGUUUGAUGUUUCUGAUGCGACUUUGAAAUACAAGGGUGUACAUUUUGGCAACUCUUCAGGAAGACGAGAGCUACCUACAAAGUCUGGCCCUGGUCCAGGACAGUAUGAUAUAGUCCAGGAAAAGACUUUAUGCUGUGAAAACAUUAACAUCAAGAAAGAUAAACAACACAAUUAUUGCUCAUCUAUCCCACGGUUUUAUGAGGUAUUAGCAUUACAAGAAGAGAAAAAGAGAUUUAUACCUGUGACGUCUAUCACCCCAGCUCCUGGUACAUAUCAUGAACCUCAGAUUGCUCUUAAUUCCUCAAUUAAAACAUUAAGACUGAGGAAAUCCUCAUUUGGUAAAAAUACUGCUCGAUUCACACAGGACUCCAAAGCAGAGGAACUUCCAGGUCCUGGAUUUUACAAUAUGCUAAACAAUACUAUUCUUGCUAAUAGAAAAACAUGCUUGAAGCAACCAAAGGAAAGUGCAUUUGGUUCUUCUGCUCCUCGGACUUUCUUCUUGGUUCAGAAAGAAGCUUAUACUACUCCUGGUCCUCCUGAUUAUCAGACAUCAGAAGUUGGUGGAAUAUCUGAAAAAUUACGUAAUCUGGCCAACUGGUGUGCUCCCUUCUUGUCAAGAACAGAAAGGUCUUUUAAAAUAUCAGAUAUGGUGAUUCCAGCACCUGGCAGCUAUGAUGUUCAAAAAUCCUAUGAGAGGUCCCAAGUGAAACAUAAAUACAUGCCACCUCGAAGUCUCAUGGCUGAAAGAAGACAUGCUUGCUUUCUUAGUGCAGCUCCCCGGUGUAGAGUAAAAAUGCCUGAGGGACCAGGACCUGCGUCAUACAAUCCUGUUUUAAAGAAAUCAUGUCCUAAAGUCUUCUUUGUGAAAGCAUCAAAAUGUUUUGAAUAUCCUAAAGAGACUACUCCUGGCCCUGCAACGUAUGAGCUCAGUCCAUUCUUAAGACAUUCUGUUCUGAAGAAAACUUUUAAUGUCACUCUACUAUGUCCUUCUAAUAUGAAGAAGGAAAAUAUUCUGACUACAGAAGCAGAACACAAAAAGAAAAGUCGUCGAAGGUUAAAAUAGAAUCUUCUAAAUGGUGAGUAAUCCUGCUUUCA